AUGGCCGGUUCAUAUAAGGAUUUCUGCAGUUAUACUCCUGAUUUUACAGGGCAAAAUGUUAGACUUGCUGAUGGUUCUGGCCAGAGUAUUAAGGGAGUAGGCACAGUUAAAUGUUGCCCAAAUAUGACUCUAUCAUCUGUUUUACAUGUUCCCUCAUUCCCAAUCAAUUUGCUAUCCAUCAGCUGCAUUACAGGAGAACUUAAUUGUGCUGUAAUCUUCUUCGCAACAUGGUGUUUAUUCCUGGAACUUGGGACUUGGAAAAUCCUUGGGACAGGAAUUAUGCGAGGUGGUCUAUACUACUUGGAUGAUGAUAUGGCACCUAUGGCUGCUGCUGUGCUGUCUCAGUCACCAUUGGAAGAAUUUCUUCUUCAUCAUCGCAGGCUGGGACACAUAUCCUUUAACACCCUGGAUCUGGACAACGAGAUAGGGGGAGAUAAAGGUGAAGAAUAUAAUGAAGCAGCAUCCAGGAAUAUGAUUGUUGGAGUGAUUCCAGCUGCAGAUAUGUAUGACGAUGAAGAUGAAGGUACAUCAGAAGCUGAACAGAAACGGACACAGGGGGAGCUACGAGAUGAAUCAAAUGAAGCUGUUAAGUGGCCUAAACCAAAUGAAGAACAAGAAGUUCAGGUGUAUAAAAGGAGACAGUGGCCUAAACCAAAUGAAGAACAAGAAGUUCAGGUGUAUAAAAGGAGAAACCGAUCUGAGAAGGAAGUUAUUCCAUCUAGGUGUGAUCAUGAAGCUCAAGAAGCUCCUGCAAUACAAGCACAAGAAACCUUGCCAAGUGUGACACAAUCAGAUGUGCAUGAGUCAUCUCCUCAAGUUGAUGAGUUAGAUAUUCCUAUCGCUCGCAGAAAGCAUCCACGUUCCACUGCAGGGAAGUUACCAUCAAAUCUAUCUCAAUAUGAUAUUUCUAAUUAUGUCUCAUAUGUAUCAUUGGGCUCCCAAUAUAAAUCAUUUAUAGAUGCACUAGAUUCCACUCUACCUAUACCACGUGAUUGGCAGGAGGCGAAACAAUAUCCGGAGUGGAGAGCUGCUAUGAUAGAGGAGAUGACAGCACUUGAUAAAAAUAAUACUUGGGCAAUGAUGAUGAUGGGAUAGCAUUCCUAAAGAAGAUGUUGGCCAAGUCAUUUGAAGUUAAGGAUCUGGGUUUUCUUCAUUAUUUCCUGGGAAUUGAGG